AUUAAAAAUAUACUCGUGCGGUGAUCUCACCGAUUAAAUUACAACACUAAACCAAAUCAACAGCUUCCGAUCGUCUACGAUACAAAUUUGAUUUUGCGCAGUGAACAUUCGUGAAAAACAUGAACCUAAACGAUUUGCCCGAUGAAGUUUUAGAGCAGAUUUUCGAUCACCUCGAUCUGUACGAGCUGAAGAUAGCGUCGCUAGUUUGCAGUCGGUGGGCGAAAGUUACUUUUUCUGGCCAAAGGAUGGACCGUGUGUGGUUCGUGCUUGGUGGUGCAGAUUGGAAAUCUUUGCUCAAGAUCAAAAGGCCCUAUCGCAAUAUUCGUCAUUCAGAAGGUCCGUUUGAACGCCUUUCACGGUUUCUGCAAACGAUGAAGCUUCCUGUUCGAAUGUUGCAAUUUGAUUAUGUAUUAACUUUCGAGGAAUUACGAUUGAUUCUUCUGAAAGUUCCUGAACUACAGCAUUUCUCCAUUAGAGAUUACAUUGACUACAACUGCAAAACGAACGAACCAUUCCCGGUUUUAACGAAGCUAAAAUGCCUCAACCUAAGCAAUUCAGGCAACAACCAAUUUGAUUUCUUCCGAAUGAAUGUCGCAAAUUUGCAGAGUCUUUACAUGACCUGCGCGACAAAUCGUGACCUGGAAGCAUGGAGAUACAUGAGUGGGCAGUUAAAAUUCGUUUACGUGUAUGAGUCAAAUUCAACCUAUUUUUCUCUAUUUCUUGAGCUUACGUUCCCACAUCUAGAGGAUUUUACCAUGAGAAAUUUUUCUGGUGUGACGGCGGAAACGAUAGCUACAAGCAGAAGUCAUGGUUUUUUUCGAAGACACUCCUUGCUUCGAAGACUUUCCGUCUCUGUGCCUAUUUCAGUAGAAUGGAUUCGAAGUAUUGCUAGCCACUGUCCUGAGCUGACGUAUCUGUCCCUUUUUUUGAUGAAUCCGGAAGAAGGUAUUUUAGAAUCGCUGGUGCAACUAACUAAACUACGGCAUCUUUCAUUUCUCAGACCCCCAGUAACAUCGUAUUAUUAUCCGGAGAGAAGUCUAUACCCCAAACUGGAUACAAAACUGUUUCGCGGAACCUUCAAAUCACUCGAAUCAGUUGAAUUUGAAAUGCCUCCCACUCGCGUUUUUCUCGAGAACUUUUUCGAAACUGUGCCACAAUUGAGCUGCCUGCAAAUCAACUUCGUAUAUUCCGUGCACCAAUUUCAAUUGGAUAUUGAGUUCAUCUGCGAGAAUUUCUCGUAUCUUCGACGCUUACAACUUGAGUUGGGUGGACAGACACCAGCCGACAAUUCUGUUAGAAUUGACAGAUUGGAACAUUUAGAGGAACUUAAAAUAUGUUACGCUAAGGGCAUUAGCUUCAUUCAUCGCAAUAACGUUCGGUGCUUGGAACUAAUUUUUCCCAAGAUAAAUAACAAGGAUCUUGACCAGAUAGCGGAAAAGUUCCCCCAGCUGAACAGAUUGACCAUUUAUCACUGCCACUGGCUGCGGAAGUCCGAGAUCAUACAGCUACAUGAAUUGAUGCCCUCAUGUAGAAUCGACUUCGGUUCACUACGUUUCUAUCCACAACCAUAUGUGCGUCGUUCGACUCGUAUAAAGCACGAAACUCCUAAAGCACGCAUAAUCUGUAGACGGAAAUGUAGACGCAUCGAUUUCAAUGAAUAUAUUUCUUAAGCUAAUGCCACACGAAGCGUAAAACCGAGCGUAAACACUGUCUGCAUACGCUUUGUUUACAAACAGAGGAUAAUGUAAGUUCUUAUGCUGUAAGUUCUUUGCUGGUACAGCAACAAAAUCUAAAAAAAACAGAAAUAAAU